CUACGAGGAUCUGGCUGCCGACUGGAAGCAGGCGCUGCUGGCCCUGGACGACCACGAGCGGAAGCAGGCUGCCAAGCUCUAAACCAUUUUUCACCUAUUGUAAAGUGUGCAAUAUAUAGCAAUCGAGUGUGUCACAGACUACCGAGAGACAAAGCCGGGCGCCAGCUUGUUGACAGUUGGCUUUUCGUGCUGCCAGACACUAUUGCACAAGCAGCCAUUUUUCGCCCUUCUUUCCCCCCUUCUCAUUUCAAUUUCUCAGUCCUUGUAAUUUUCCUUUUUCCUUUUCUUUUUCUGCCCAAGCAUAUUACGGCCUCUCUUGCUUCCUCCCUCCCUCUCCCUACGAAGUCGGCCCUAAAAAACUGUUUGGACGCAUUUUUCCUCUCAUCUAUUUGUGUGUUUUCUCGCGACUUUUAUAAAACAAGAAGGAAAAAAGGCUGGUUGCAGAAUGCAGACGAUUAAAUGCGUGGUGGUGGGCGAUGGCGCGGUGGGCAAGACAUGCCUGCUAAUCUCAUACACGACCAACAAGUUUCCGUCCGAGUACGUGCCGACGGUGUUUGACAAUUACGCGGUGACGGUAAUGAUUGGCGAUGAGCCGUACACCUUGGGGCUAUUCGACACGGCGGGGCAGGAGGACUACGACCGCCUGCGGCCGCUGUCGUAUCCGCAGACGGACGUGUUCCUGGUGUGCUUCUCGGUGACGUCGCAGGCGUCAUACGAGAACGUGCGGGAAAAGUGGUUCCCGGAGGUGCGCCACCACUGCCCGGGCGUGCCCUGUCUGAUCGUGGGCACCCAGGUGGAUCUGCGCGAGGACCGGGCGACGCUGGCGAAGCUGGAGGGGAACCGGCAGCGCCCGAUUUCGGUGGAGCUGGGAGAGCGUCUGGCGCGCGAUCUGGGCGCCGUCAAGUAUGUCGAGUGCUCGGCGCUGACGCAGAAGGGUCUGAAGAACGUCUUUGACGAGGCCAUUGUGGCAGCGUUGGAGCCGCCUGUGACGAAGAAGAAGUCAAAGUGUCUGGUGCUCUGAAGAGGGCAAAGAUGUACCACCGUCCCCCCCCUUCCUUCUCAACUUUGUUAUUUUUCUUCAUAAGCUGUCUUUUGUCCUCUCUCUCCCCUCACCGUCUUCACUUCCUCCCCCCCUUCUCUGGAGCAGAGCUGCGUGUUGUUUUGUCAUCUGGACAUGGG